ACCGUUGUCCCUGGUGGAACGACACUCGGGAAUAAAGCAAGUUAAGAUUGUGCCAUAGUGGUUGUUUAAGAAAAAAAGUUAGUAAUCUCCGAGCCUCUAUAAAUGUAAGGGAGGAACCUUAAUAAAUGUCACCAAAACUCCUAGACUGAUUUCUUGGGUUUAUGUUUCUAGAUGGACGGUGCCGCAGGACGUCACGACAACGUCGGCGAUGGGAGGAACGACAUUCAAGAAUUGGCACGGGUCAUUCGGCAGUCGCAGGGAGAGCCCUACCCCAAGAUCGAUGUUCCGCUGUUCGACGGAAAUCAUGCCUCUUCUUGGGCAGACAAGUUUGAGCAACUGGGGUAUAGUAACGAAUGGACGGAUGAGAAGAUGCUUCGUAUGGUCAAAAGGUACUGUCAGGUGGGGUACCGAGACGAGAUCGAUGAGCUGGUUCGGAUCUCUCGCGAUUGGUCAGAUUUUAAGGCACGGUUGCUAGAGAAGUACCAGCUCAACGAUCGGUUGCUCGACCUGCAGGAUUUGAGGGCGGUGGAUCGUAAAAAGUUUGGUACAACCAAACAAUUCUUGUCGGAGUUUGAGCGUGUGGCUCGCCUAAUCCCCCACCUGUCCAACAAAAAUCGCUGCCUCAUCUUCCUUGAUAACUUCAACGACGUCGAACAAUCGAAAUUGGUUGAAGGGAUGCAAGGGAGGUAUGACUGGACUAAGGUCCGGCAAAAUGCGCUGGUGGGGAAGUUUGACGAUAUCCUCUACCGGCUGUUGAGGCAGCAAAAGGAGGAGCGGAAAAAUGUGAAGCUGAGAGAAGUGAAGGACAGUGAUAUUUAUAAAACUUUGACUUGCAUGAGAGAAAUGAUGGAGGGCAUGAAGGAGGAAAGGUUGAAGCUUCAAGUCAUGUUGGCCAAAGAGAAAAAUAGUAAGAGGAAGGGGAAAGAGCCGGCGGAAGAAGAAAGUGACAGUGAGAGCGAGGAGGAAAAGGAGCCGCCUCACAAGUUGACAAAGGCGGAGAGGAAGGUCUUAAAUCAAAUUCAAGGCGGAGAGGGGACUUCCCGUAAACAGGGGAAGAACGGUGGACAAAAUAAUCAAGGAGGGAGUGGCAAUGCUGACACUGGUUCGUCAGGACAAAGUCCCCAAGAUCAAGGGCAGUUCCAGCCGCAGGGUGGAAGAGGCCGCGGUCGAGGCCGUGGAAACGGACAGCGAAGCCGUUGGGCGUGGCAGCAGGAAGCCACAUGUAACUAUUGCGCAGAAAAGGGCCAUAUUAUGCGGUUUUGCCAACUCCUUUCAAAAGAUGAGAAGAAAGGGAUAGUCUUCACCACUAUACGUGGUGAAAUCUUUGAUUACGAAGGGAAUUUGAUCGACCCCAACAUUGAAGGGGGUAUGAGGAAGGAGGCGUAUCGCCGAAUGGGUCGUCCGCUACCGGCAACGUUCCGGAUUGCUUCUCCUGAAGAAGCACGGUUGGCCGAGGUCGAGGAGGUCAUGGCGUCAUUGCAUAUCUACGACUCACUGGUGGAGCCAGAAGGAUUCAGGGAACAAGUAGGGGAACGAGCUCAAACCAUCACUAGGCGGCUUGCCCGAUGCCGGGACUCUAUCAUCCGAGCUUAUGUGAACAUGGAGGAAGUCUGGCCUGGAUUGCCAAAUGUCUUUCUCUUUGGCGAAUGGGGUGAUAAAAAGGAAGAUGCGUCUGGCCAAGCAGGGACGUCGGCUCCGAGAAAAACAUCACAAACUGGGCCAAUGCGCGACUUGGUCACGCUGAAGGAAAUUUUGGCGGUAUCGCCGAAAAUUCGAGUAAAGUUUAAACAACGGAUGACUCGUAAGAGAGUCAUGACUGUUAAGCUCGGCGAAGUCAUUCCGCCGGAGGCUAAGUGGUCCCCGCCUGGGACAAAGAUGGAUUGGCGAAGUGUGUCGACCGGCCAUAUGAAGGUUCAGAUUGGACAGCAGGAGUACUCGGCACUUGUGGAUGAUGGAGCCGAGAUGAACAUCAUUCGUGAGCGCCAUGCCAUCGAAGCUGGGUUGAAGAUCAACCGAGAUGACUAUGGGUUUUUGGUGGGAGCUAGCAGAUCAACUCCAUUUUGCGGAACAGCCAGUGGCGUUCUCGUCACGAUCGGAAAGGUCAAGGUCCGUUCGUAUUUCUACGUGUUACCUAGAGUGGAGCACGAAGUGCUUCUGGGAAGGGCGUUCCUAUGUCGGUCGGAAAGCAUCAUCAUUAACAAGCAUGAUGGAACCAUGUUUGUAAUCCUUUGCGAUCCUGUCUGCGGUUACUACGAGGUGGUCAAGUGUGCAAACACUGGACCCUAUUGUUCGCGGAACCGGCUGAAUCCGGAAUCCUAUAGCUUUCCGGAGUUAGAAAAGUUGAGAAGGGAGAAGAAAUCGUUGGGGAAGGAGUCGAAUCUUCGUGAGUUCUCGCUGACCCUGCCUGAUAUUGGGCAGGCAAUCGAUUUCGUGUCGACACAUGCGGCGAUCGAUCCGAAUGUGGUGCAAGCCUUGACGGAGAUCAUCACGGACACCGGAAGCAUAGGGACUAUGCGCCUUGUUUACUCCCCGUCGGAAGGGAAUAAGGGACAAAGUCAGGGAUUGCCCUCCACUCGACAGGGUCCUUUUUUAAAGGACGCAGGCUUGACACCAGCACCAAACGACCUCCGGAAGCUGAAUUCGGUGACAGUGCGAGAUGCAGGAGGACUUCCACAUGCAGACCUACUGUCGAAAUCUUGUGCAGGAAGGUCUAUCAUUACCCUCAUCGAUUUAUAUUCUGGGUAUGAUCAAUUCCCGAUUUACACUGCGGAUCGGCUCAAGAUGGCGAUGCAUACUCCUCGCGGGUUGAUCCAUAUGUGUGUGGUACCGCAGGGGUGGACAAAUGCAGUUGGCAUUGUUCAUAUAACGAGGGUUAUGCAACCUUAUUGUCCUAACAUAACUUCGCCGUAUAUUGACGACUUGGCUAUCCCAGGGUCUCAUACGAAAGACCUGGCGGAGGUGUUGCCGGGCAUUCGCCGAUUUGUCUGGGAACAUAUCAAUGAUGUAGUGAAAGUUCUUAAGAGGUUGAAAGAGUUUAAUCUCACAGCUAGUGGGAUUAAGUCUCGGUAUUGUAUGAAGAGAGCAAUAAUCUUGGGAUUCCUUUGCGACGAGAAAGGUCGCCGACCGGAUGUGAAGAAGACUAAUAAAAUCUUGGAAUGGCCGACCCCUUUCAAGUCAAUCACAGACGUGCGAAGUUUCCUCGGAACCUGUGGGUUUUGGCGCAUCUUCAUCAGCAGGUUUGCCGCCAGAGUGGAGCACUUGCGAAAGCUUAUGCGCAAAGGCCAGAUGUGGGAAUGGGGUUCGAAGCAGCAAGCGGUCGUGGAAUACAUAAAGACUGAGUUCCGUGAGGGCGGAUUGAUCCUUGGAGUUCCUUUUUUCGACGAUGAUGAAGGGCGUCCUUUUGUUAUUGAGACUGAUGCGGGGCCCACAGCCCUAGGAGGGGUCUUAAUUCAGAAGGAUGCUGAGGGACAGGAAAGACCUCUCAGAUUUGAKARUARGACUCUGAAUGUUGYUGAGAGGAACUAUUCCCAGUUCAAAAAGGAAACUUUGGCAGUGCUUCAUUGUUUCCGUAUUUUUCGGAAUUAUGUGUUUGGUAGACGCUUCAUCCUGCGAGUGGAUCCGACUGCAUUGGCUCAGUCCUUAAGGAAUUAUUCACCUGCAGAUCCCACUAUUGCACGAUGGUUGACUUAUAUCUGGAUGUUUGACUUCAAAAUUGAGCGGAUUUCGGGAAGUCAGAAUCGUGUUGAUAGGCAGAGUCGGGUUGCAUGGGACCUAGAGUCGGAUCAGGCGGAAGAAUCAGUUCCGGUCGAUGCCUUCCUGAAGGACGAGGAGUCGAGGUUGAAUAUUAACCCCUUUGCCUACCUGACUGAUGCGGCCACUCGACAUGGGAAAUCAAUAUGGAAUGCUCCCAUCUGUCACGAGGUACGUUCAGAGCUCGUGAUAGAGGAACCUUUCAUCGAGGAGGACCCAUGGGGCGAGCAGACCGCAGAGGAAAUGAUGAGGCUGGCUUUGACCGAUGACAUCGACCUUAUGGUUGAUCCGCUAACGAUUGAACAGGGCCAUGUGCAGGCUGAUGACGCUUUCUAGACUGUUGGAAGGAUGUCAUAUAUCAUGAACUUGCUGGUUCAUGAGGAUCGCCUGAGGUUAAUAAGUAUGGAGAAAGGGAGCAGUGAGGUUAAAGAGGCAUUCAAGAAAAAGGAGUACGAAGGGGAAUAUAAGAAGAUAGGCAUGUGGUUGAAUGGGGAAUUGGACGAAAGUGAGGUUGAUCCGGUUGUGCGGGAGACAAGCAAAGGAUUCGUUGUUUGUGACGGUCAUCUCUUUAAGAAAGUUGCUGAUGGUGUCCCAAAGAGGGUGGUAUGCGGAAUCUCUCGACAGUUGGAUGUGAUUGUUGCUCUGCAUGAUGGGGUAGCCGGCGGACAAAGAUCUGCGCGGGUAACUUUGAACAAAAUCCAACGCCUUUA